AUGGCGGUUCAAACCUCCGACUCGUCGCCCCGUUCCCGUUCGUCAUUUCCUUCGUCUUCUUCAUGCUCUUCACCUUCGUCUUCUUCCUCGUCUUUCUCGUCUUCCUCUUCUCCCUCUUCUCCCUCUUCGGGCUACUCGUCUUCCUCUUCGCCGUCGCCUCCGUCGCCUGCGUGCCGUCGGCUGCAUGCCUUGGCUUCGGCCGCGCGAGAUCAGCAACGGCUGCCUCCGGCCUCCUGUCCAUCGCCUCCCCUCUCUUCUUCCGGUUCGCUCCCGUCUUUCUCUGGUGCUCGCCUACCGGGGCAUGGAGACAGAGCCGAGGACCCUGCGCGCCUGCAAGCACAAAAUUCUCGACUUUUGCCUCGGCCUCGGUCUCUCCAGCUCCUCAGUCAAAGGACAGCCGUCGGGCCGACUGCGUUCCCGCCCCCCUCUUCAAUUCCCGCGUUUGCUUCUGCUCUCCCUCCUUCUGUUUAUCCGAGGUCUCCGGGUCUGCCUCCGUCAUCCUUUCCGUCCUCUCCCCCCCAACCUUUUUCGCCGGCUUCGCUCCUCUCGUUGGCUGCAUCUGGAGCUUCGCAGCGCGCUGCUGGACCUCAUUCGGGUUGUGGGAAGCGCCACGUAGAGGCAGACGGCAUGCAGGCGCAGGGAGCGAGAGAGGCCGAGCGCGAAUGGAGAGAGGAGAGUCGCGCGGCUGCGCCUGCGCGGCCCACACUCGAGUCAAACGCCCGUGUGGGAAGGAAAAGAGAGAGGGGCCGCGUGGGCGAACGGAGAGCAGGAAGGUCUAGCUUUCCUCAGGGACGACGAAAAGUGAGAACUGCGAAUCGGGAAACCGACGCAGCAAGCGCCGAACCCUCCUUAACCGCUCCGCCAGAGAAUGCCGACCAACGCGCAGCAAAAAGCGAACACUCGCCUCACGAACUCAGCAUUCCUGGAGCCGCGACCGCGUCCGCUGCCCCUCAACUCUCCGGCCCUUCCUUGCCAUCGCCAUCGUCGACAUCGUGCAUUGCGGAGGAGAGAGAGAAAGUGUCCUGGAGUGGAGCGAGGUCCGCGAAGCGCCCUGCAUCUGAGAGAGAGGACCGUCCUGGGUCUGCGAAGAAGCCCAAGGGCGCGUCACAGAAACGGUGGGCGCACAGAGCCAAACCUUCGGAACCCAUUUCAGCUGCAAACCUUUGCUGGGAUGACAGCCCCACCAUGCAAAGCGACGCACAUGCCUCGGCCUCGUUGAAUGCCGCUCCGUCGUCUCCUGGUACCUCGCCUUGGUGUGUGGAGACACCACGCGCAGGUCCAGGAGAGGCUCGCGUCGCUUCCUCAGCGGUGAGCACCGCCACCACCGAUUCAGAAACUCGACGUCCUGGAGACAGCGCCUCCAGCGGGGCUUUGUUGGAGACAAGCGAGGCUCCCCUUCACCCUGGCGGCACAGGAGAGACGCAAGCGCCACGUCAGGAGAACCCGAGGAAAGAGGAGAACCUGAGGAAAGAGGAGAAUCCGGAGCAAGAGGAGAACCCGGCGAAAAAGGAGAACCGGGGGCAAGAGGCAGGAGAAGAGAGGCGGGGCGACGAAGCGCGAGAAGAUGUUUGUUCUCCGCAAGGAGAGAGCGCGUCGCGUGUGGCAUCGCAGCAAACAGAGGAAGAACGCGGAGGCGCCCGGUCGCUCGCUUCUGCGCACCUGCGGCCGCCUUCGCUCCGAGACGUCAUUCGCCUCGUCGCUGCGCCGCACCGACUGCGCGUGUUGCUCGAGGGCGAGGGGCCGAGAGAGCGCAAAGGCAGGAAAGGCGGCAAUGCAGCGCAGAACGGAAGCGAAGGCGAGGAAGAGCGAGUCGACUGCUUGUGUUGCGGGGAAACGUGUCCCGUUUGCAGCUCAGCUCCCAGUGCUGCGCGCCAACUCUUCCCGUGGCGAGCAGCUCUUGUCGCGCGGCAAGACGAGGCGUCUCUCUCCUUUGCCCUUGCGAGUGCAGAGAACGCGCGACGAGACUGUGGCGAGGAAGCGACAGAGAGAGAGGUAGAGGAAGGCGAGGGAGAGGAAGAGGGAGAGGAGAGCGUCGUGACGCCUGAAGACUGGUACACGAUUGAGCAACUGAGGAGAUGCGAUCGAGGAAACAAGUUUUUCUUUCUGCGGGUGCCUCCUGACAUCACGGCACAAACUGCCGAGAUGCUAACAGAAGUCCUUCUCACAGAUGUCGGGGCGUUCCACAUUUUUGUGCCUUUCCAAGAGACUCGAGAGGUUCCCGCCGCACCUCCCGAGCGCGCCUCGCCGUUCCCCUCUCGGCUUCCUUCUGCUCCAGCGGCGUGUGACUCCUCGCCUGCUUCGGCGUUGUUGCGCGCGAACGCUGCGUCGAGGUCGCAGGCGUCUGCGUGCACGCAAAGGGGGAGCGAAGCGUCUUGCGGCGGGGCAGGCACAAGUCAGCAGGCUCUGGAGACAGGCGAGCGGGGCGAAGGGAGAGGAGAGAAGGACGGCGAGGCGGGAAGCGACAGACAAGCAGGCGCGCAGUCGGAAGGCUGCAUGUCCGGCGACGCCGAGGGAGAGGGCUUGGCGCCUUCGUCCUCUGGCUGUGGGGGGCCAGAGAAGUGUGGAGAGCGCGGCGGCGAGGGCGAGGGUUGCGGGGUGGUGAGGGACUCUGACGAAGAAGCACGGAACGUGAAGGAAGAAAAGAGAGCAAAGGGAAUAGCAGAAGCCGACGGCGAGACAGGGGGAGAGGGGCUGCCGCCGCGAGGAGACCGAGAAGGGGAAAGGCGACAGAGAGUGGACGAAGAGAGCAUUCCCGGAGGAAUGAGGAACGCACUCCGAGUGAAGGACGAGCAAGAAGUCAGAGACGCCCAAACAGAGGCCGAGCGACUGGGAGACUCCGACGAGGAAGAGGGUCGGCUGCUGGACACCCGCCUUCGCGCUCUCCUUGCCUCGCCGCGGGCGUGUGCAGUCCGGCAGCGCCUCGAAGGGGCCUUGAGGCGUCUCCGUCUUCUUCUUUCUCGGGGCGAAUCGGCUGCGCGCGCGGACGCAGAAAGACCUGAGGGCGCAGCGGAAUCGGCCAUCGACCGCCGCUCGGCCUCGGGCGCCGGAAGCGGAGACGAGAGAGAGGAAAACAGUGGGCGACGGCUUCGGCGAGCGAGCGAGGCAGCCAUCCCGCGGGGGCUGUGCCCGUUUUGCCAACCAGGAGCGGACGAGGGGGGACAUCCUGGGACGCACCAAAGGUCCCCUGGCGUCUCCGCGUCUCAGUGUCGUAACAACGGAGAGGAUGAAAGGGGCGAAGGGGAGGAAAACAGGGGGAAGGAAAGCGAAGAACACCUGCAACGCGCUGGUGAGGUGAACAUGACGGAAGGCGACACCCAGCCAGAGAGGAAAGAAGAAAAAGAUGAACGGGAGGAACUACAAGAGAAGACUCCAGGAAGGCGGGACGCUCUAUGGCUGCUCCAUCGUCUCUGUCAUGUAUCGCCCGCGAGCCGUCCCUCUCCACCUACGUCUGCGGCUGUCUCUUCCUCUUUUUCGCCUUCGUGUUCUUCUGCUUCUGUUCUUUUUAGCCCGGCAACUGCCGAGCAGCCAGUGACGGAGAGACAAAGUGAAUGGCCGUCGGCUUCACCGCUUCCAGAGCUUGCUUCCGAGAACUUGGAAGACGCGCGACAGGAAGACCACCUGUUUGCAGAACUUCUUCUCCGCCUUUACAGCAGCCCGUGGAGACGUUCGCUUCUCGACGCGUGCACAUCUCGUUCGUGCUUGCGAUCCUCUUCUUCUCGGCCUCCUUCGUCUCGUGGGUCUUUUCUUUCUUCGAGCUCGUCUUUCGGAUCGGAAUUUCUGCCCCACGCGUUCGCUAUUCCUGCGUCCCCCGCGUCCUCAGACGGAGCGAGUAGCCCGCAGAAGGCAGACGCGUGGUCUCUCCAAAGAGACACGAACGGGGACGGGCGACGUCUCGGACCCCCGGCCCCUGGUCCGGCUUCCUCUCAUUUUUCUGCUCCUGCGCAACGACUGGCAGUGGAAAGGCUCCUGGCUGUCGACGAGCCUCUGCCGCCGUCGCAGCGCGGCCUCCCUGGGCCCUCUGUCGCUUCGUUGAAAGACGAACGAGGAGUGAAAAGGGUGAGGCAGACCUGCGUUCUCGUCGAACCUCUGCAGGCAACUGUGUGCCUUGUGGAUCCAUACUUCCACAUGAGCCGGUGCGCUCUGCUCUAUCGAAAGUACAGCGCUCCUCUCUCCCUCGUUUCCCCGCAAGAAGUCGACAGUUCACAGGAAACAGACGCAACAAACUCAUCUCCCUCUCUUCCAUCGUCUCCGCCUUCUCCGUCUUCUCCGUCUUCUUCGUCUUCUGUGUCGACUCUUGCUGUACCUGAGGACGAUCCGAAACGUUCUGGGCCUUCUUCGGAUGCCCCGGCCAGAGGAGGCAGAAGCCGAGGCUCGCGGGGCAGGCGCGGGCGACGUGGUGCGUUUUCUGCUCGGCGAGGAGAAUGCAAAAGAGCGAGCGAAGCGCGCGAAGGCGGCGACCCUGGGGCGAGGUCGCUGGCGACCGAGGAGACAGUCGAGGCGAGAAACAGGGCGCCGACGGAGAAGAACGCGUCUCACGAGAGGGGAAGAGAGAAGGAAGGGGGGAGAGACAGGACUGGGGUUGCGCUGGGGGGAGAAGACGUAAAAACGCGCAAGGUCGAGGAAGAAGCAGGCCUUCGUUGUGCGCCACUUCUCGCGCCGCCCCGCAAGCUCUUCCGCGGGUUUUUAGUCAACCACGACGGAACGCUGCCCCAGAAUUUGGCUUCACAGCUUCUCCGCAAUCGCGAGGCUUCGCGAGACGAGCAACGUCGACAGCAAGCUUUCCUCGAAGCCGAGGUCGUCGAGUGGCCGUCCGUCCCCGCCCCGCGCCGCUUCCCAGAUCGCCGACGCAGGCGCUAUGAACUCGCCAUCACCGCGAAGAGAGUCAAGCUGCAGAAGUCACGCAUUCACGGGUACGGCGUCUACGCGGUGGACUGGAUCAAAGCGGGGGAGACAAUUAUGGAGUACGUCGGGCAGACGUACGCGUACAAACAGCGAAAGGGCGGCCCUGACGGCGAGGAACCGAGCCUCGCGGAAAUUCGCGAAGCGCGCUACGACUGGCAACAUGGGAACUGUUACAUUUUCUCGCUCGAAGUGGACAAGGGCCCAACAGAAGGCAACCCCAAUUUUUCCAAGACAAAGUUUGUCGACGCCACGGACAGUGGCAAUCUCGCAAGGUACAUCAACCACAGCUGCGAGCCGAACUGCGAAUCGGUCAGGAUGCCCCACAACGCCGUCGCCAUUGUCGCCCUCCGCGACUUGCUGCCGGGCGAAGAGCUUUUCUAUGACUACCACUUCUCGGACAAGUCGAAGGAAGCCUGUCUGUGCGGGGCACGCACCUGCACGGGGAACAUGUGA